AUGUUCCUGUCGUCUGUGUUCAGCUGGAGUGAGCAGGGCCCCGCGCGCGGGCGGCGCUCCCGGGCGGAGCUGGUGUCCGACACGCUGACCCUGGAGCUGAGCUGGCAGCUGAAGCGGGCCGAGAGGCUGUGGCGGGAGCGCCGGGCGGAGUGCCGGAGGCUGCGGAAUGUCGCCGACUACACCUGGCUCAACGCACUGCCCCGCCGCGCCUACCAGCUCCCUCCCGCCGAGCAGCUGGAGCUGCAGGACCUCUGCUCCAGGAUCAAACCAUCCCAGUGUGGGCCGGUCAUCCUCAGAUUUCGGAAGCUCGUCUGCGAGUUUGACCCCGAGGUCCACGAGGUUCCUCGGUUAUUCCGCUCGGCGCUUCUGGACUUCAUCGAAGAGGAAGAGGAGCAGUCGGGGCCACAGGUGCUCCGGCAACAGUUGGAGAGCAGGUGGGAGCACAGCCUCUCCCUCAUCACCAUGAGAUCCCGGCUCAGGAUUAACCCCUUCUGCCAGGACAGGGGUGCAGAGACCUCAGGCCCGGGGCUGAUCACAGCCCGUCGCGCAAGAAGCAUGCCUGAGUUUGACCUCCGCGAGGACGAUUAA